GCUAGACACUGACGGCCCUCACAACAUCCCAAAAACAAUCCCAUAUCUGCACACUUCCCGGCUUCUUUGUAUAACUACCGAAACCUUUGUACAUAAUACCCUUUUACCAUCCGAUACGAUGCGUGGUCUCAUACCGUCUCGGUCACUGCGCGCCCUGGCCGGCGUGAGUUCAAAGCCGCCAUUGAACCCCGUCUGUCGGGCGGCCUGCAUCCGUCACGUCCAUCAGUCGUCCGUCCGCAUUGCCCCCCUCACCUCGUCGCAGUCCCGUCGGCGGCCGGUUCUACGGCCAGCGCAGCAGCAGCCCGCGACCUCGAUCACGCGCGCAACCCGGUCAAUCUACAUCCAGACGCAGCCGACGCCCAACGCCUCGGCGCUGAAGUUCCUCCCCAACCACCCCGUCCUGCCGGAAGGCUUCCCGUCCACGUUUCUCGAGUACAACUCGCCGCGGUCGACGGUGGCGGCGCCGCACCCCUCGCCCCUCGCGGCGCGACUGCUCGACGUCGACGGGGUGUCCUCGGUCUUCUACGGGCCCGACUUCAUCACCGUGACGAAAGCCGAGGACGUCAACUGGGCGCACAUCAAGCCCGAGAUCUUCGCGUUGAUCACCGAGGCGAUCACAUCGGGCGAGGCACUGGUGAAUACCGUGGAGAAGUCUACGUCGGCGGAAGAUGGCCAGGGGGGUCUGGGCGAGGACUCGCUCGCCCCCAACGACGAGGACGAUGAGGUGGUCGCUAUGAUCAAAGAACUACUGGAGACGCGCAUCCGGCCUGCGAUCCAAGAAGACGGCGGGGACAUUGAGUACCGCGGGUUUGAGAACGGCAUGGUCAACCUGAAGCUGCGGGGUGCGUGCCGGACGUGCGACUCCAGCACGGUUACGUUGAAGAAUGGCAUCGAGUCGAUGCUGAUGCACUACAUUGAGGAGGUCAAGGGGGUCAACCAGGUGCUGGACGAAGAGGAAGAGAUUGCCAUGCAGGAGUUUGCCAGGUUUGAGGAGAAGCUACGGCAACAAAAAGGCCCCGACGCGGCUCCUUCGACCGUGGGCAAGGGCACUCUCGAUUUCGUGGAAUGAGAUUUUGGUGGCUCUGAGGAUCGGCACCCGUUUUGUUAGUUGUCGUGUCCACGAAUGAAUCCAGUGGCAUCUUCUCGGGAACGAUUGACCGGAUAAGUCCUGGCCUGCCUCUGGCGACAUAUGCCUCUCCCCGUUUCCCAGACAGAACGGGAAUUUCGUAGAGGGGAUCGGGUGGCCAAUGAGAGGGGAGAACCCGGCGAUCUUUCUCCAAGCAUCGAGCUGCGGAGGUCGUCUUGGCGGGCAACGGAGCGUUGAAGAAAGAUUCCCGAGGUGAUGUCGAGGGGAUCGAGAUAGAGUAUCUGGGCAAGUGUCGCCGCGGGGGAACAGGCACGUCAGGUGGACACGGCUGGCGCAGGUGUUUUGAGGGAUAUAUACGUCGCCUAAGUACAGAGAGGAUCUCAUUCGUCGUCGGGGAGGUGGCGCCAUGGGUGAGACGAGCAGGAGUGACGAAGGGGGGUCCAACCGGGGGACAUGACUUUGUCUGUGGUCAUGAGCACCAGAGCACGAAGUACAGUACAUUGGUGUGGUCGGUACACCAAGUAGUAUAGAUCAGGGCGCACAUGCUUCUGAGCGGUUUGAAGCAGGCCGUUGUUGGUUGGCUUCAGGUUUGCGCCAAGGGGCAACAUUUCGGAUGGGCGUAACAGAGUGAUUGGCUUCCCCGCAAAAUGUUGAAUUGGAUUCCGGUGGCUUGAUGCAUGUCGGUGUCAGGGUCAAUCAUGGGGUGGAGGAGGUGAGAAGAAGCAUCUCGAUCGAGGGCAGUUCAAGGGCAGCCCGUUCUGGCCAGUGUUGAGCAGCAGCACCCACUACCGUGUUCAUCAUGGCGCCAGUUUUACAGUUACGGAGGACCAGGAGCAAGGGUGCCAGGUUGUAAGAAGAGGAGGGAUGGAGGAGUCGGUCACUCAAUACUGCCUAGCAGGACAACAGAGGGAGGGGAGUGUGGGUGUAGAUCGAUCACUGAAUGUUGAUGAUGUGCAUGACGUUCCGUCAAUCACAACUACUGG